AUGUUCUAUUCUCGAAAUCCAAUCCCCAAUUCAUCAUCAACUUCCAAGGCAUCGGUUGAUAUCACGGCCACAUUCUUUGGUCACUGCGUCCUCAUGACCUUCUCUUUGAAGGUCGCCGCUCGUUCGUUCGCCAUGUCGACUCUGAACAGGACCCUGUCUUUAUUGUCCCUCCUUUCCUACAACCCCUUCAUUGUCGAGGCCUCAAUUGCUGCCCAAAGGACCUUCGAAGAGCGCCCCGAGUUAGCACCGUGGCAGACAUGGGGACCAUACCGACCAAACCUCUACUUCGGCGUCCGCCCGCUGGUCCCUGAAACAUUCCUGAUGGGGUUGAUGUGGGCGAGUGGCGAGACCCGUGAUGCUAUGUUAAAGACUCUCCGUGAUACCUGUGAGCAAAAUGAUGGGAUGCAGGGCUAUGGGUGGACAGCCUAUGACACCCGCAUCGGGGGUUCCCAGACAAUCCAUGAUCAAGAGCUCCAUGUCGACUUAACUACAGACUUUUUCAAAUCAGAAGGUGGAGAUGCUUGGGCAGUCCGCGUCACGGGCACUCCGAGAUCGGGUGCUCCGAGCGAUGUGAAGACGACAAUUGUCAUGCACGUCGCUACGGAGAAAGCCGCUGGUAAUAAUGGGACCGACAGGUCCCUCGCCUGCAAGCAUAAAGACCAGAGGUCCAAAAGAAAUGGGAAUAAUACCGAGGCGACAUGCCAUGGAGAAGCUCCAGCCGUAUUCACUGAUCAGGUGAAGGCAAGCGACUGGGAUGGCGUUGCAGUGGACGAUGAGCCUGGUGUUGGCAAUAUGCACUUUGUCCAGUCUACCUUUCAAGGGCCUUUUACCGUCACCUUUGCCUAUCACUCCUCGGAAGCCACUCCCUUGACGCCCGAUGAUAUAGUGACUGGCCUCGAUGGUUUCUUUUCUGGCUUCCCAGCCGCCGUGGAGAGAGUAUUCCCAAGUGCCGCUCCUUUCGAGAGCAAAGAAUACGGCGAAUUCUCGCAGGCCUUGAUUUCUAACCUGCUGGGCGGGUUAGGCUUCUUUCACGGCGAUAGUAAAGUUGACUACACCCGGGCUCCCGAAUACGAAGAGGUGGGCCCCAACUUCUGGGAAAAGGCGGCCGCGGCCCGGGCUCGCACCACCAUCACAACGACGCCGCCUACCUCCUUGCUAAGCCACACCCCCUCGCGGCCCUUCUUUCCCCGCGGAUUCCUCUGGGAUGAGGGGUUUCACCUUUUGCCAGUCGUCGAAUGGGACCUCGAUCUUGCUGUCUCCGUGCUUCGGAGCUGGCUCAACCUCAUGGAUGAAGAUGGUUGGAUCGGCCGCGAGCAGAUCCUGGGUCCUGAAGCUCGCAGUAGGGUGCCGGAGGAAUUCCAGGCCCAUGGCCACCCGUCAGAACCCAUCUCGUCUCCGGAUGCCGGCUCGAACAUGUUGAGAGAACUUUACCCUUUAAUCUCUCGUCACUCCGCGUGGUUCCGCCGCAUCCGGGCCGGAAACUUCAGUAGCCCUUGUCCAAGGCCCGAAGGGGCCAUUGAAGGCGAGGGGUAUCGAUGGCAUGGCAGGUCUCCUAUGCAUACGCUAACCAGUGGGCUUGACGACUAUCCCAGGGAAAACCCACCCCAUCCGGGAAAGCUCCACGUUGACGCCCUAGGAUGGGUUGGCGCCUCGGCUCGUGCAUUGCAACUGGUUGCUGAGCAUCUUGGCGAGGAUGAUGACGCCGCAACCUACGAAAAACAUGUCGACGCAGUCAACGACAAUGGCUUCAAGCGGGUCUGCCACCACGGAUAUAUCUCUCUAUUCUCCCUCUUGCUCGGCCCCAUGGACGCCAAGCACCCUAACCUUCCGCCUCUGCUCGAUCUACUGACCAAUUCGAUCCUGGGCGAUCUGUCCCAGGGUGUCUUGUACAAUAUCUUAGCCUACCCCAGCCUGGCAAACCCUGAUAUCCCGGAUAUCCUCUACGCAGAAUUUGGCGUUACUUUCGUGACUGCGACAGCCAUGAUCUUGGCUGGUACCAUGAUGGAACGUGGGCGGCUGCUGCCUAGUACACUCUUCAUCCUCAUCCUCCGCUGGACAACAUUUGCCUACUACCUCCUAGCCUGGCCUACUGGUCCAAGGACCCUGCGUGUGAUCAAACUACUACAUCAAUACGGGGCUGAUAUUGAUGCUGCGGAUGUCAAUGGGGACCCACUAAUCGUGCACGCCAUUACCAAGAAAGAUCGAGAUGUAGUCCAAUUGUUGGAGUCGCUUGGAGCAUGUGUAGAUGCUUCAAGUGGAACACAGGCGAGGGCAAAGACGACGCCCAGGAAGAGGCCGACUUCGAGCUUCUAG